AUGUGGAUUCUUGAGAGCGAUGGCGACGUUUUCCAAGCCCUGGUAGCCGAGGGCGAUGGUACCAACCCUCAGAAGCGAUCGCUCGUCACCGUCGAGGAUCUGAAGACAAAAAUAGGUACUUUGGUCAACGGGAAGCAGAUCAAGGGCGAGCGAUUCAACCUCAUCAAGGAUGCAAACGAGAUUAAGCUCGGCCAUUAUCGAGAAACCUUCCGCUUUUCGUUUAGUAAAACGGAGCUGGAAACAGACCCGUGGGCUGUCGUCCGCCAGAAAAUCGAGCCUUUCGAUGUCAAGUACAUCGCGGAGUAUGACCAUAUCAACACCACACACGUCGUCAGCAAGAGGCGCAACACGUCCAAGGUGCUACAGGCGCUCAUUACUGGCAAGUAUAUCGUGGUUGAGGGAUUCAUGGAGGCCAUCAUCGAAGCAGCCACGCCGAGGGCUGGAGAUGUGGACAGUGUCCAGCUCAGUGCGUUGGAAAUGGACUUCGAUGCGAACUGGCCCGAGGCUAUGCGAUACCUGCCGCCAAAGGCCGAUGCCCCGGGCGCUGACCGACUGGAUGACUUCUUUGCGCCUGAUGAGAGACGACGGAACAUUUUCGACGGUUACACUUUCGUCUUCUACGAAAGAAAGCGCUUCGAAGAGUUGCACCCUGCCAUUACGAGUGGCAAAGGAAAAGCUCUCCUAAGUGAAGUGGUACCGGGCCUCACGAGUACCGACGAGUUCAUACGUUAUGUCAAAGGGAUUGCUGGAGAGAAAGGCCUGGGAGAGUUCGAGGAUGGCAGUGAAGGCAAGGGCGUUGUAGUAGUGCGCUAUACGCCCCCGCCCGACCAUGAGAAAGCGGAGUGGUAUCUGAGCUUCUACAAUCAGGUCGCGCUGCGGCUGGAUCAUCGUCCGGUCGAGCCGAGAGACUUCCUCCCUGCCAUCCUCGAUGUUGAUCCGAGCCAACUGAGACGGCCGUUGGAGUUCGAUUCGACCCAGCCGGAGCAAGCCGGGCAAUUUCCAAAUCAGGCCGCCAACAGCGAAAACAAUAAUUUACCAAUGGACGUUGACGAAGCCAGGGAGGGAGUCGCCAUCGAGGACUCGCCGCCGCAACCACCCAAAACGCGCAGGCGAGACCGCCGUGCUCCCAAGAGUAGAUUCAAGGGCUUCGACACUGGAAUAGACGAAGACGAGGAGGAGCUCGAUCCUGCGUCCCGACUCAGCGUAGCUACAGAGACAUCCCAGGGAAUGUUCAUGACGCAGCCGGCAGAAGUAUCCGCUGUCGCAACCCUGUCGCAGCGCAAGCGGCCGUUUUCAGAACCCGAUCGCGACAUCAUGGAAGACGUCGCACCCACGGCUGCAGCCAUCAAGCGUCGCCGCCUCGAGGCUGCCGAAGCAAACACCCCACCAAAGGACCAAACGCCCCCGCCGGAGCAAGAUGAGGCGCCUGAGCCUCAGCCUCAACAACAGAGGGGCAGUGGCCGAGGCAAGGCAGCAGCCGGCGGAAGGAAAGGCAACAAGAAUGUCCGUCAAGACGAGGAUAUUCUCGAUCUUGCUAUCCAGUAUCGGGAGGAGGAGGAAGCGAACGCGCAGGCGGAGCGCGAACGCCUGGCACGGGAGUUGCGGGACGGUGACAUCGACUACGAAGCGAUACGGCGGCUAACGCUCGUGGAACCCAUGAACAUUCGGCGGCCGCAGGAACACCGAACACGGGAGCAGGAUAUCCAGGAGGGGCGGUGGGACCCACGAUGGAACGGGCGGAAGAAUUUCAAGAAGUUCCGCAAACAGGGCGAGACUGCUGGAAGACCGCAGCAGAGGGUGAUAAUGUCGCUCAAGCCAGCUCGAGUAAGAGUGCACGGCAUUGGUAACGACUACUGGCUUGAGGAUGGAGGCGCACAAGGCCGCAGGAGCAAGGGUACGAGCCAGGCGGCGAACAGCCAGGACGAGGCUGGGCCUAGACCGACAGUGGGGCGUAGCCAGCGGCCAACAAGCAGAGCAAAGGAGAGAGACAGCUAUGCCAUUGGGAGUGAUGACAGCGGUAACAGUGAGGCUGACGCUGGCAACGAUAACAGUUCGCUGCCCGACGUCAUGGAGAUGGACGCUGACCGUGAGCCUGCGAGGAGCAAGAAGGGCAAGGCAGCUACGAGACAGAGCCAGGCGGCAGCGCGGAAGACGCGGAACGAAACGCAAGCCCUGCCGUCGAAGUCGCAGAAGAGGAGUGCUGUGGGCUUGCCCGCGGCGGAGAAGCCAGCCAAGAGGCGGGCGGUACGUUCAGCGAGGGCAACGGCGGAGGAGAGCGAUGAAGAGGACGAUGAAAGCGAUGAUGGGCUGAACUUCAGAUUUGGCAGGCGCAGGUGA